AUGUACGACGAAAACGAGGACUUCGCUCCUGAAGACUUGGCCUGGGUCGCGGCCGACGUCGCAAAGAACGAGGAAGAAGAGAUGAAUCGCGCUCUUCAGGCGAGCCGAGCUACAAUGGGAGAUGGAGUGCCACCUCGUCCUACGAGCGCUAGGGCCGCCAGUCAGCCCGAGGACGAAGACGAGGAGACCCUUCUUGCGCUUUCCGUCAGCCGGGUAGUGACAGAAGAGGCGGACCGGAAACGCAAUGCUGACGCAGAGGCGGACCACCAACGCCUUCUCGAGGCUCAAAGGCAGUCUGAGCGUGAAGCACAGGCUGUCCAUCAGGAACGCGAGGAUACUCUUGCUGCGCUUUCCAUCAGCCAGGUAGAGGCCGAACAGGCGGAUCAGAAACGCAAUGCUGACGCAGAGGCGGACCAACAACGACUUCUCGAAGCUCAAAAGCAGUCGGAGCUUGAGGCCCUAGCUGCCGAUCAGCAACGCAAUGCUACCCGAAAAGCUGAACUACAGUCUCUAAAGGAUGAGCGUGCUCGGGCUCAAGCUGCACGAUUACGCCAAGAGAUCUUUGAUCAAGCCAUCGUCGAGAGCAAGGUGGCAGCCGAGACUGAGCAGCGGCAACAUGAACAAGAGUUUGCGUGCCUUCAGGAGGCAUACGCUGUGCGUGGCCUGAGCGAGGACGAGCAGCUGCAGAUGGCUUUAAGACAAAGUCAAGAUGAAGAACAUUCUCGGGAAGUUGCACAGGUCGGGCAACUUCGAGAGGAUAUGCUGCGCUGGGUGAGCGAGCAAGAACAAAACUCUGGACCACCAGGCGAGCCAUCGGCUACCCAGCGUUCAGAAGACCGUCCAGUUUUGGGGGCCAUGGCGUCAUAUCCUCCAGGUCCGGUCACUGAGCAGCAACAAAGGAGCGUGGCCGAUGCUCAGGAGUUCAUUGACAACCCGAAUAGGCAUCUGCAUCGCGACCAGCAAGUCUUCGAUCAGUGGCAGCAGACCAAGCCCGACGCUCUAACAUCGUCACCGCCACAACCACGACGGAUCACAGCAGGAUAG